CAGAAGAGGGGGAAGCUUUAUUAUUUAAAAUGGUCUCUAGUACAAGCACAGAUUGCUUGAAGACUUAUUUUGAACAACAAGACGAUACAGAAGCAGCUUCUAUGGUUGCAGCUGUAAUAGCAAUGCUUCCUUCUCACCCUCAAGAACCUAUUGAUGUCGCAGCAUUGGAAACAACAUUGCUUAUAAAAGAGUCUGAAAUUGCUGCUUUAAAUGAGGUGAUUUUCAAAUGGAGAAAUAGGGCCAUAGAACUUGAAAUGUAUUAUCAAGAUCAAUUAGACAAUUUACAACGACAGUGUCGAAGCGAAUUGAAAUCAAUGGAGUCUAGAUGUCAUUUAAAAUUACAAGAAAAAGAUGAUAUUAUUUCCAAUCUAAAGGAUCAAGUAGACCAUCUUGUUUCUAUUCAAUGCAACAAUCGCUGUUCAAGUCAAGAACCAAGCUUUAUAGAAGAAGAAGAAGAAGAAGAAGAAGAAGAUAAUGCAAGCAGUGUUUAUGACAGAGAAGCAGAGCAACAAUGGAUAGAGAGCCCAAAGUCAGAAAAUAUUUUAAACAGUAUUCAAGAUACAAUGCGUGCCAUUGAACAAGAAUUAAAUUUUCAUGCCUUACGAGCUGCGGACAAUAAUGAGCAAGAGCCUCACCAUUCCAGUCUUAUUGGUUGCUAUUCUUCAAACACUCUUGUACAUCCUGAAACCAAGCAUAAGAGCAAGAAGCCAUUUAUGCAUCGUAUUAUGAAAAAGGCCUUUCCAAAACUUUGUCAGCAAAAGAGAAAACUAUAUAAAUCUCAAGAUGUAUCAGCUAGAGAAAAUACAGAUGAAGCAUUAGCUAUGUGUUCAGCAGAUCAACCAUAUCAAAAGUCUAUUCCCAUGUUAAGCAUGAUGUCAUCUUUGCAAGAUAAUGCCAUGAUUGCUACUUGAUAUCUAACUAUUAUAUAUAUAUUCACUUAUGUCUUAUUUAUCAAUAUAUUUAUGAUUUUUACAUUUUAUGCCUUAUAAACAUUCAAAUGACAAAAAA